AUGCCGGCUGCGAAGUUCGCAUCGGGGUCCCUCGUGGCCCGCGCCGGGCACCAGGCGCGCUCGGCCACGAGCGCCCGGGCGCCGGUGCCGGCGAUCCUGCAGCUCGCGCCGGCCCAGACUGCCCAGAUGUCUUUCUCUCCUUCGGCCAUCCGCGCCCAGCGCGCCGGCGUGGCCUGCCGCGCCGAGGGGGCCAACCCCGCCGCGCUGGCCGCAAGCCAAGGCACCCCUGUCCCCAAAACCUCGAUGCUCGUCAUCGGCGGGACCGGCACGCUCGGCCGCCAGAUCGUCCGGCAGGCCCUCGACCAGGGCUACGACGUCCGCGUCAUCGUGCGCCCGCGCGAGAACCCGGCCGACUUCGUGCGCGACUGGGGCGCUACGACCGUGCAGGCCGACCUCACGGACCCCGCGUCCAUCCCCGCGGCCAUGGUCGGCGUCCACACCGUCAUCGACGCCGCCACCGCCAGGCCGGAGGAGUCGAUCUCGAAGGUGGACUGGGAGGGCAAGAAGGCGCUGAUCCAGACGGCGCAGGCCCUGGGCAUCAAGCGGUACAUCUUCUUUUCGAUCGACGGCUGCGACAAGCACCCCGAGGUGCCGCUGAUGUCGGUCAAGGCGUGCACGGAGGAGUUCCUGGCGGACUCGGGCCUGCCGUACACCACGCUGCGGCUCUGCGGGUUCAUGCAGGCCAUCAUCGGCAACUACGCCGUGCCAAUCCUGGAGGACCGCACCGUGUGGGGGACCAAGGACCAGACGCGCACGGCGUACCUCGACACGCAGGACAUCGCGCGCAUGACGCUCGCGGCGAUCAACCGCCCGGAGACGAUCGGCAAGACGCUCACGCUCGCCGGGCCGAAGAGCUACACCAUCGAGGAGGUCAUUACGCUGUGCGAGGAGCUGUCCGACUCGGAGGCGCAGGUCACCAAGGUCCCGCUCGGCGUCCUCAAGUUCACGCGCGCGCUCCUCAGCAAGUUCCAGUGGGCCACGGACGCCGCGGACCGGCUGGCGUUCGCGGACGUGCUCCAGGACGAGGCCGACCUGAGUGCGCAGAUGGAUGAGACGUACAAGAUGCUGGACAUCGACCCGGCGUCGAUCACGACGCUCGAGGACUACCUCGGCCAGUACUUCAACAAGAUCAUGAAGCGGCUCAAGGAGGUGGGCGCGCAGUCGCGCCAGACGGACUUUUACGUCUGA